CUGGCAUGAGUGACACGUCAUUAUCAACCACACCCCCACACCUGUGUAUGCUAACCACAUAAUCCAACAAUCCAAAGGGUAAAUAUGGAAUCAUGGAAGGGAGCGAUUGCAGUAGCAAUAGCGCCAUCAGGCCAGUACAUGCCCUCCUGUCCGUUGGCCCAUUCCCAGUCAUACUGCUGUGUUUUACCUUAGGUGUUUGAUUUCAACACUAGAUGACAGUAAAGGUAUGGCUAAAGUAAAUAGAAGUGCUAAACUCUCAUUGUGUUGUAUUGUUUGAUCAAAAGCCAAUAUCCGUGGUCGUGUCCCGGUAUCUGAACCUCCUCUGUGUGGUCAUCUUGUUUAUAUGGUGGGUGUGGACAUAUUACCAUAUCCUGGUUUCACAAUGUACCUUACAGGAGUGUUGGUAUUUACUGUCUAUAGGCUACAGGAUAAUCACUGUGGGUUCUCUAUUGAGGUUGAACACUGCUGUAGAUUUGACAGGAUGACGGUGGAAGUGGUGACUGUUGCUUGAGCUAUACAGCAUGACAGAGGAGAGUACUCCAGGCUGUCAGGAAAUACUUCAGGAAUCUCUUCUUUCAGUGUAAAGAACUGCCAAAAUACCCAGGAAUUGUCUUCUAAUUGGCUGUUGAGAUGAGACCAAGAGACCUUGUGUAUGCUGUUACUUUCCUCAUCGUCAUCCUUGUUAUAUGGGGAAUCUAUACCAACCCACCCUACAUACAUGAGAGAGCCAGGAUUGUACAACAACAUAUCUUUGGAGCUCAAAAAGAAACUGUGGUCACUGCUGCUGUGCCCAAAACCUCCCAUCCAAAAUGCAGCCUUUCCAAAAACUGCCCUAUCGACCAUUUUGCUUUUCAAAUCAGGAGUGGAGCAGCGACUGUUGUGGGCCCAAAGAUCUGUUUUGAUGGUAACAUUGUUAUGAGUGGUGUGAUGAACAACGUGGGACCAGGCCUGAACCUAGUGCUGGUGAAUGGUGAAAAUGGGAAGAUUGAAACAUUUGACUUCUUUAACAUGUACUCUGGAGAAACAGCGGACAUCUUGGCCUUCUUAAAGACGAUUAAACCCGGAAUGAUUGUUCUGGUGGCAUCUUUUGAUGACGCAGCGACAAAGAUGAAUGAUGAAAUCAGGGACAUAUUUGUGGGACUGGGAAGCAGCAGUAUCAAGGAUGUCAAAUUCAGAGACAACUGGGUCUUUGCUGGAGGCGCUGGGACAGAACAGAAAAGCCCCUUUGAGAAGCUGGCUGCCAAUGAUCAGAAUACCAAUAUUUACGGAAACUGGCCAGAGAUGGUGGAAAUUGCCGGCUGCUUCCCCAAGAAGGUCUGACUAGACAUCCCAUACAGAGAUCUCAGAGUAGGACUGCUGAUCUAGAAUCAUGUCUAUCCUGUCCAUGUAUUCUUAUUCAUUAUUAUGUAAAAGGCUAAACAGAUCCUGGAUCAGCACUCAUACUAUGAGGCAUUUUAUAAGUACAGGCCUUGAUAGACAUCCUAUGGAAAGGGAUCCAGACUGGCUUGAUGAUUUGAAGGAUUAAACAAACCACUGUUAGGAUCACUCAACAAUAAGGAACAACUUCUCUGUAAAGGCUGGGCAUUGUGUGUUUUUUCAAGUCAGGUUAUUAUGGUUACAGAAUUUGUGCAAAAUAGAGGAGUUUCAAAGUAUGCAAAACAAUAAAAUAAUGUUUUUAUAAGAAAUUCGA